AUGGGGUCGGUUAAGCGGCCUGCUGUGCGCAAAGGCCCUGCUGUCGUGUCCCCAACGGAGAGACAUCUAACAAUCACAGUCGUUCACCCCGGCAACGUGAGAAAGGCUCCCAGCCAGGAUCGGAGAAAUGGAAACGGACCUCCGUUCUCGUCCGGGAAGAUAACGCCGCGGGGCGUUUGCCGCCUCUGGUGCUGGCCACGAGAGGGCGCCCGCGGACCUCGGCGUCCUCGUUCCCCGUGGCACCCGUGGUGCUCAGUUAUGUCCCAGGGAAGGACGUCUUUAAGCGACUCCUGUUAUAUCAGGCAGAGCAAGUAUGAAAAACGACGUUGUAGAGAAUCAGGCAAGCGGGACCGUGCGCGGAGACGGGUCGGCGCACUUCUUCCGUUAGAAACGGCACCGGUUCGUCCGAGAAAGGGUGUUUCUUGGUCUGCAACUGCCCACCGGCAACAUGGCCGGAAGGUCACACUGGUCAUCUGGGAAGUGGGAUACGGGUGUCCGAGGUCGUUAGGUCGUAAAAUGACGAGGCAGGUACCGCAUGGAGAGCGUGAAGAUGCGGCCGGGGGUCCACACGGGGAGAAAGCCGCAGUACCUCGCUGCUCCGCGUCGCCUCACAGUUUGUUUCCCUUCUUCCCGCCCAGCCGCUUCUUGUCUGCAUUGCCUUGGCUAACGCGGCAGGGCACAAGCCCGGCGGUGACUUUCCACCUUCAGUGUGAGGCCAGCAGAGCCACCCUUACAGACUGUAACUUUCUAAUCUUUUGUUUUUUUUUUUCAGAACAAUCUCUACAAAGUGACUAUUUUAAAUGCAAUGAAGAAGCUAGGAUCUUUCUUAAAGACAUUGCUCUUGCUGUUAAAAACUUGGAAGAAAUAAGAAAGACCACAAUUGAUCAUCUGGAAAUGGAAACCAUGGAACUCAGCAGAUUCUACUUUCUGUUGCAAACUCUGCCUGAGAGGAUGAACAGGGAGCUGGAAGAGAGCAUCAGAGAUGCCCGCAGGUUAAAUAUCUGUGAGAUAAACCAAAUGCAAAUAAGAAUUAAUGCAAAGGAUGAUGAAAUAAAGUCUCUAAAGAAGACAAUAAUUGGCCUGGAAAAAGUGAAUGAAGCUCUGGGUAAAAAGCAAGAAGAGCUGGCGAAGCAGCAUGAGAGGUUUGUCCGGGCACUCAACCAAACAAUGCGAGAAAAAUCCCAGGCCGCCAUCUAUAUAAAUGAUACCUGUGCCAGAAUAAGCUCAGAAAGAGAAGACGUAGAGAUACAAAGAAAACAUGUGCAGGAGACGAAGGAGCAAAUAGCCAAACAAUGGGCAGAAUAUUUGCUAAGAAAACAGCAACUAACUACACAGAUUGAUGAAUUUAAAAAAAUUUGUGAACUUGCAACAAAGGAGACUUUUAAAAAGAAGGAAGAAUUGGAAAAAUUAAGAAAUAGAAUGACAAAAAUUAAACAAACAGUCAGCAUCAGCACAGUGGUUCUUAGUGAUCACAAUUUAGAGAUAGCACAGCUACAAUCAUCAAUAAAGGAGUGGGAAGAAAAGGUGGAUGAAGUAACAAAUGCUUGCAAGAUUCUAGAGAAUAAAAUGGCUUUUUUUACAACUCACAAGGAAAAACUGAAUGAUUCAUCAAAAUAUGAAAAAAAUGAGCAAUUGUAUAAAAUAAAACAGCUGGCUGAAAAACUGCACAAAGUUAAUUUAGAGAACAAAGAGCUACAAGAGAAAAUGCAUGCUAUUUUACAACAAUACAGAAUUGUGUUAACUGAAGAAGAUCAAGUUUUUCUGCAGAAACGGAAGCUCCACGAUGAGUAUGUUUCUACCCAUGAUUCCUUUGUGAAUCAACAUGCCAUAGUUACGGGAAACCAGAGACAACUGGCAUUUAUGGCACAAAAAGAAAACUUCCUUGCACAAAGACAAGUAGACAUCAAAAAUAUGGAAGAAGGACUUGUUACUCUUGAGGAUCUUCAUAAAGCAAUGAAAGAAGUAUAUCGAAAGCAAAUAGAAAUUCUGAGUGAUAACCUGGAAAGAGAAAAUCAGAGAUGUAUCAUAACUCAGUGGAAACUAGCUUGUUUGAGAAAACAGCAUGCACGAUGGCUAGCCAAGAAAAUGGUCGAAAUACAAACAAUUGCAGAUAAAAUUGAGCAUGCGGAACAGAGACGGAAUGAACUGCUGGAAGAGACCAAACUUCGAGAGAUGGAGAUCGAUGAAUUUGUGAUACAGAUAGAAAAAGUCACAUCACAAUUAAAAGAAGAAGAAGCAGAAUUUAUAAUCAGAGAAAAAAACUUAAUUCAUGAGUUAAGCAUCUAUGAGGAUUUAAUUGUUAAAGAAACAAAAAUUAGCAAAGAAACGGAAGAGGAGCUCAUGGAUACUCUUCCACACCUUCACCUGGCUGAAGAGGAAUACACAAUAAAAAACAGAAGGCUGCAAGAGCUCUGUAGUUCUCUUACAGCGCAAAAACAGGAGGAGACUUUGCUGAACAACUACAUUUCGCAUGUCACAUGGGACUUUUCAAGAUAUGUUGAAAACAUGGAGAGAGUGAAGGAAGAAUUAAAACAAGCGCGAGAUCAAGAAAGCCAGAAGGUCAAAGAACAUUUUGAAAUUCUAAAGAACUUAGAAAAUGAAGUCUACUUACAUGACCAAAAAGCAGACCUUUUGCUUCUGGAAAAUAAAAGAUUAAAAGAAUAUAUUUCAUACUUGAGGAACAACACAGAGGAAUACAGAGCAGGACAAGACUUCCUUAGACACAAUUCGAGUGACCUGUCCUGGAAACUGAUAGCUCAACACGCACAAUAUAAAUAUCUGUGGACAGAAUUUCAGGCCACAGUUAAGGACAUGGUGCACGAUGGGGAAAAUACAUUGCAUGAAAUAAAAAAUCUAACAGAAAAGCUGUUCACUAGGGAUGAAAAAAUUGAGUGCAUCAGUUCCUGGCUACAAGGGAAUCUUGAAGACCUGCGUAGGCUUACAAAACAGGAAUCACCGACAGAUCUUCCAAAGAAGAAAAGCAAGCAGACCAAAAAGAGUCCAUUUCUUACAAAGAAAUGUAUUAAAAAAGAAUAACAAAAUAACUCAAAGAUAUAAUUGCUGUGAAUUCAAAAGGCAUAAACAAAACUCAAGAAAAAUUAGCACACUUAUUUUCAUAUUUUGCACUUAUUAACAGAAGUCUUCAACAUGUGAGCUUUAAUUGAUUUGUCCAACCCUAUCAAGUAGCAAAAAAGUAAAUAUAGCCUUCUAAACAAUACAGUGGAUAAACAUGGUCAGACUAGGGAGCAAUAAUCUAAACACGUCUACCCCCGAACUAAACACAGAACCUAGUCUACAAAUUAAGCUCUAUUUUUGCAACACCACCCAAAUACUAUAUUGGUGAAAAUAAAUAGUUUAUCAAAAUCAAAAUACUUUAUUUCCAUGUUUGCUAUCAGACUUCACAAGUAUGUCUGUAAUUCACUACAGGUGAAAAAACAAAUUGUAAAGCUGCACAAUACCCGCUGCUAGGGACUUCAGAUUCCAUGUCUGAAGUGAAGUUUGCUUGAUGAAACAAAAACAAGCCAUUACUAGGUACACAAAAGCAUGACAGGGCUCACUUCCUCAUAGGCCUGGAGUGUGACGGAUAAUAUUCUACUAACGGACAGAGUAUCGCGACAUUUCCUGUUUCCCAAGCCUAACCAUAAGG